GCGGCGGGCGGGCGCGGCGCUGAGGGAGCGCGGGCGGGUCCCGGGGCGCGGCGCUCGGAGAUGCAUCUGCACCAGGUCCUCACCGGGGCUGUCAACCCCGGCGACAACUGCUACUCGGUGGGCAGCGUCGGGGACGUCCCCUUCACGGCCUAUGGAUCCGGCUGUGACAUUGUUAUUUUGGCAAACGACUUCGAAUGUGUGCAGAUCAUUCCUGGUGCUAAGCAUGGGAACAUCCAAGUCAGCUGCGUGGAGUGUUCCAACCAACAAGGAAGAAUUGCAGCUUCGUAUGGAAAUGCUGUGUGUAUAUUUGAGCCCCUUGGCAUAAAUUCUCAUAAGAGGAAUUGUCAACUCAAGUGUCAGUGGCUUAAAACCGGGCAGUUUUUUUUGAGUUCUGUUACGUACAACCUGGCGUGGGACCCUCAAGAUAACAGAUUAUUGACAGCAACGGAUUCUGUUCAGUUGUGGGCUCCUCCAGGAGGUGAUAUUCUGGAAGAGGAGGAAGAAAUUGACAAUAAACUUCCUCCCGUUUUAAAUGAUUGGAAGUGCGUCUGGCAGUGCAAAACCUCAGUAUCUGUACAGUUGAUGGAAUGGUCUCCAGAUGGUGAAUAUUUUGCAACUGCUGGAAAGGACGAUUGUCUUUUGAAAGUGUGGUACCCUAUGACUGGUUGGAAGUCUUCAAUCAUACCUCAGGACCAUCAGGAAGUGAAACGAAGACAGGCCUCGACCCAGUUCUCCUUUGUUUACUUGGCACAUCCCCGAGCGGUGACAGGUUUUUCCUGGCGUAAAACUAGCAAGUAUAUGCCCAGGGGCUCUGUCUGUAACGUAUUACUAACUUCAUGCCAUGACGGUGUGUGCCGGCUCUGGGCAGAAACCUUACUGCCAGAAGACUGCCUUAUGGGUGAGCAGAUCUGUGAGACCACCACUUCCAGCAUUGCCAGCCCGCUCUCUCAUACCGGAAGACACAAAGACAGGAUCCAGCAUGCUCUGGAGACAAUACACCACUUGAAGAAUUUAAGGAAAGGACAGCGGAGGUCUUCUGUCCUCGUCACUCACACUGAGCUGAUGCCUGACCAGACGGCCAUGCACGAAGUCCAGAGGCACAUUUCCCACCAUGCCAAUGCCCUGUGUCACUUCCACAUCGCUGCGAGCAUCAACCCGGCCACAGAUAUCCCAAAUGCCCUGGUCGGCACUGCAUUUAACAUUGAGGAUGGAAAUGGGGGUUUUGUAGUUCACUGGUUGAACAACAAGGAAUUUCAUUUUACAUCUUCAGCUGAAAUAUUCAUGCAUCAACUGCGAAAGCUUUCUGAGAAACAUUUAGAUCAUGAAAGCGAUGAUGCGGAUAGAGAAGAUGAGGAGCGUUCCCAGGAGGAGAGAGAGAGGGGCUUACGCAUGAAACUAGACCACGAAUUAUCCCUGGAUAGAGAGUCAGAGGGAGGUACAGGCUCAUCGGAGCAUGAAGACGGAGAGCGAGAGGCCAGCCCAAGGGCCUGCCACCGGCCCAGCCUCGCAGUGCCGCUGCCCACGGUCCUGCUGGACCGCAAGAUCGAGACGCUGCUGGCCGAGUGGAACAAGAACCCUGACAUGCUCUUCACAGUGCACCCCAUCGAUGGCACCUUUCUUGUGUGGCAUGUAAAGUAUUUGGAUGAGUACAACCCUGGGAUAUUUAGACAAGUCCAGGUUUCUUUUUCGUCUCGAAUUCCUGUUGCGUUUCCCUCAGGUGACGCCAACUCCCUGAGUAAAAAUAUCAUGAUGUAUGCCUGUGUAAGCGUAGCGAAAGACUCGCACCACAGCCCGCCCCCCCAGGAGCUGUUGUCGGUGGGCAGCCCCUGCAGAUCACAGCUGCCCUCCAGGGCACACAGCGUGAGUGUGAACAUCCUAGAUCCCACAGUGAUGAUGGUCUCGAAGCACGUCGAUGGCUCUCUCAACCAGUGGGCGGUCACCUUUGCUGACAAGUCUGCCUUCACCACUGUUCUCACUGUAUCCCACAAGUUCCGAUACUGCGGUCACCGCUUUCACCUCAAUGACCUGGCGUGCCAUUCAGUUUUGCCAUUGUUGUUGACAUCUUCCCAUCAUAAUGCCCUGUUGACUCCUGAUUCCAAUUGCCAGUGGGACUCAGACAGUAAAUUAAGUAGACUAGUGGAUCCUGUCAGACAUACAAAAGGUUUGUCAAAACAGCCUCUCAGGAACGCAGCCACUCGUACGUUUCAUGACCCAAACGCAAUCUACAGUGAGCUGAUUCUGUGGCGUGUGGACCCCAUAGGCCCUUUGUCCUACACUGGCGGAGUGUCAGAGCUGGCCAGGAUCAACUCCCUCCACACCUCAGCCUUCUCCAACGUGGCUUGGCUCCCAACCCUUAUUCCCAGUUAUUGUCUUGGCACAUACUGCAAUUCUGCAAGUGCUUGCUUUGUUGCUUCUGAUGGCAAAAAUCUGCGACUCUAUCAAGCUGUAGUAGAUGCAAGAAAGUUACUGGAUGAACUGUCAGACCCAGAGUCCUCAAAACUUAUUGGAGAAGUGUUUAAUAUUGUGAGCCAACAGUCUACUGCCCGACCUGGCUGCAUUAUUGAACUUGAUGCGAUAACUGACCAAUGUGGCUCAAAUACACAGUUGCUUCAUGUGUUUCAAGAAGACUUCAUUAUAGGAUAUAAGCCACACAAGGAAGAUCUGGAGAAAAAGGAGACAGAGAUAUUUUUUCAGCCAUCACAAGGGUAUCGCCCACCACCGUUUUCAGAGAAGUUCUUUCUCGUAGUCAUUGAGAAGGACAGCAACAGUUAUUCCAUCCUCCACAUGUGGCAUCUCCACCUGAAGUCCGUGCAGGCGUGCUUAGCUAAAGCUUCAGAAGGUGUUUCAUCUGAGAGUCUGCUGUCAGUUCCUGGACAGAAGAAUGUGGACUCUUCUCCAGAAACCUCCCCUAGCGUGAGCCCCAUGCCGCAUUCGUCAUCCAUUGCCAACCUCCAGACUGCUAGUAAACUGAUCCUGAGUUCCAGUCUGGUGUACAGCCAGCCUCUUGAUCUCCCAGAAGGAGUGGAAGUCAUAAGAGCUACACCUUCAGCUGGUCAUCUGAGUUCCUCUUCCAUUUAUCCAGUGUGCCUUGCGCCUUACUUAGUGGUUACAACUUGCUCUGACAAUAAAGUACGCUUCUGGAAGUGCUGUAUGGAACCCAGCCUGCCAGGUACUACAGGUGGCGAGAAGGAGACCUAUCACUGGAGGAGGUGGCCCCUGAUGAACGACGAGGGAGAAGCCAACAGCAGCACAGUGAGCAUUGUGGGAAGGCCCGUUGCUGUUAGCUGCUCGUACACAGGCCGCCUGGCAGUGGCUUACAAGCAGCCUGUCCACCACAAUGGCUUUGUUUCUAAAGAAUUCUCCAUGCACGUUUGCAUAUUCGAAUGUGAAUCAACAGGAGGGUCUGAAUGGGUUUUAGAGCAAACAAUUCAUCUUGAUGAUUUGGUGAAGGUUGGGAGUGUACUUGACUCAAGGAUCAGCGUGGAUAGUAAUCUUUUUGUGUAUAGCAAAUCAGAUGCACUUUUAAGCAAGGAUCGGUACCUUAUUCCAAAUAUCAAGCAUUUGGUGCAUUUGGACUGGGUGUCCAAAGAAGAUGGCUCCCACAUUCUCACGGUGGGAGUCGGUGCUAACAUCUUCAUGUACGGCAGGCUCUCAGGAAUUGUGACCGAGCAGACCAACAGUAAGGAUGGGGUUGCUGUCAUCACUUUACCACUUGGUGGUAGCAUCAAGCAAGGAGUUCGGUCAAGAUGGGUCCUUCUCCGGUCCAUAGACUUGGUGUCCUCUGUUGAUGGUACCCCUUCCCUGCCCGUUUCUCUCUCUUGGGUGAGGGAUGGGAUACUGGUUGUGGGCAUGGACUGUGAGAUGCAUGUGUACGCCCAGUGGAAACAUGCUGCCAAGUUUGGAGACGCUGAAGUUGACGGUUCCAGUGUGGAAGAGACAGUCAUACAAGUUCAUUCUUCCUUUAAAUCGAGUAUGCUGGCAAGAAAAAGUCUGGUUGAAGGAACAGCUGUUGCUGAUGAUGUUUUCUGUUCUCCAACUGUAGUUCAGGACGGUGGCUUAUUUGAGGCUGCACAUGUGCUAUCCCCUACCCUUCCACAGUAUCAUCCAACUCAGCUUUUAGAAUUGAUGGAUUUAGGGAAGGUUCGAAGGGCUAAAGCCAUUCUGUCUCAUUUAGUGAAGUGUAUCGCAGGCGAAGUUGCAAUAGUUAGAGACCCGGAUGCCGGAGAAGGAAGUAAGCGACAUCUUUCUCGAACUAUUAGUGUCAGUGGCAGCACAGCAAAGGAUACAGUCACCAUAGGCAAAGAUGGCACUCGUGAUUAUACUGAGAUCGACUCCAUUCCCCCACUACCACUGUAUGCGCUGCUUGCUGCGGAUCAGGAUGCGACCUACAGAAUUUCAGAAGAAAGUGUGAAGAUGCCGCAGGGCUAUGAUCAUCCUGAGAGUCAAGCAGGGGAUCAGUAUUCAGAGCUGUUCCAAGUCCAGGAUAUAACGACGGAUGAUAUUGACUUAGAGCCAGAAAAGAGAGAAAACAAAUCCAAAGUCAUAAACCUUUCCCAGUAUGGGCCAGCUUACUUCGGCCAGGAACAUGCCAGGGUGCUCUCCAGUCAUCUCAUGCACUCCAGUCUGCCAGGCCUCACCCGGCUGGAGCAGAUGUUCCUCGUGGCCUUGGCUGACACUGUGGCCACCACCAGCACCGAGCUCGAUGAAAACAGAGAUAAGCACUACUCAGGAAGAGACACGUUGGAUGAGUGUGGCCUGCGGUACUUGUUGGCUAUGCGCCUGCACACGUGCCUCUUAACAUCGCUGCCCCCUCUCUACCGAGUCCAGCUGCUUCACCAAGGUGUGUCUACAUGCCAUUUUGCCUGGGCUUUUCAUUCGGAGGCUGAGGAGGAGCUAAUCAAUAUGAUCCCAGCGAUCCAGCGAGGGGACCCGCAGUGGUCAGAGCUGAGAGCCAUGGGCAUAGGGUGGUGGGUGAGGAAUAUCAGCACUCUUCGAAGAUGCAUUGAAAAGGUUGCCAAAGCUGCUUUUCAGCGGAAUAGUGAUGCCUUGGAUGCUGCGUUAUUCUACCUUUCUAUGAAGAAGAAAGCGGUAGUGUGGGGUCUGUUUAGGUCACAGCAUGAUGAGAAAAUGACGGCAUUUUUCAGCCACAACUUCAAUGAAGAUAGGUGGCGCAAGGCUGCUUUGAAGAAUGCCUUCUCUCUACUUGGAAAACAACGCUUUGAGCAGUCUGCUGCCUUUUUCUUGUUAGCUGGCUCAUUGAAAGAUGCCAUAGAGGUAUGUCUUGAAAAAAUGGAAGACAUUCAGCUAGCCAUGGUUAUUGCUCGUUUGUAUGAAUCUGAAUUUGAGACCUCAUCUACUUACAUAUCCAUCUUGAAUCAGAAGAUUUUGGGUUGCCAAAAGGAUGGCUCUGGAUUUGACUGCGGAAGAUUGCACCCUGACCCUUUUCUGCGUAGUCUUGCCUAUUGGGUGAUGAAAGAUUACUCCCGGGCCUUGGACACAUUGCUGGAACAGACACCAAAGGAGGAGGAUGAACGGCAAGUUAUCAUCAAAUCCUGCAACCCAGUGGUAUUUAGUUUUUACAACUACCUUCGAACACAUCCUUUGCUUAUUCGAAGAAACCUGGCCUCCCCCGAAGGAACUUUGGCAACUUUAGGUCUGAAAACUGAGAAAAACUUUGCUGAUAAGAUCAACCUCAUUGAAAGAAAAUUAUUCUUUACCACUGCAAAUGCUCAUUUUAAAGUUGGAUGCCCAGUUUUAGCUCUGGAGGUACUUUCUAAAAUUCCCAAAGUAACCAAAGUGUCUGCCUUAUCUGCAAAAAAGGACCAGGCUGGCUUUGUUUCUAAAACGAUGGGUGGUGGACCUUCAGAACCCGAGGCUGUGAGUAGUGGCAGUGCGAGUGCUGGCCCCGACUGGUCAAGCAUGACCUCGUCACAGUUCGACUGGAGCCAGCCUGUUGCUGAGGUUGAUGAGGAACAGCUUACUCUUGACUGGGGUGAAGAUCACGACAGUGCCUUAGAAGAGGACGAAGAUGCUGCUGGCUUAGUGAUGAAGAGCUCAGGUGCCAGGGAGAAGGAUGCAGGGGAAGGUGAGAGGGCCCCAGCACUUGUCACGUCCCUGACCCCUCAGGAGGAGGAUGCUCCUGACUGCGACACUGAAGUGGAUGUGAUUGCUGAACAGCUAAAGUUCAGAGCUUGUUUAAAGAUCCUUAUGACGGAACUAAGAACUUUGGCUACAGGGUAUGAAGUAGAUGGAGGGAAGCUCAGGUUUCAGCUCUAUAACUGGCUUGAAAAGGAAAUUGCUGCCUUGCAUGAGAUAUGUAAUCAUGAAGCAGUUGUUAAAGAAUACUCCAGCAAAAUGUGUUCCAAGGUAGACAGUGAUCUUCUGAACCAGGAGGCAGCGGUGGACAGACCAGAUGUUGGAUCCUAUGAGCGUCACCAGAUGGAAAGACGGAGGCUGCAGGCUAAACGAGAGCACGCUGAGCGACGGAAGCUGUGGUUGCAGAGAAACCAGGAUCUCCUCAGAGUGUUUCUUAGUUACUGCAGCCUUCACGGGGCCCAGGGAGGCGGCCUGGCUUCCGUAAGAAUGGAGCUCAAAUUUUUGCUACAGGAGUCACAGCAGGAAACCACGGUGAAGCAACUCCAGUCUCCGCUGCCACUGCCUACGACCCUGCCGCUGCUGUCAGCAAGCAUUGCAGCCACAAAGACAGUCAUAGCGAACCCGGUGCUGUACUUGAAUAACCACGUCCAUGACAUCCUCUACACCAUUGUGCAGAUGAAGACGCCGCCUCAUCCCAGUGUUGAGGACGUGAAGGUGCACACACUUCAUUCACUAGCAGCAUCACUUUCUGCAUCAAUUUACCAAGCUUUAUGUGACAGUCAUAGCUACAGCCAGCCGGAAGGGAGUCAGUUCACAGGAAUGGCUUACCAGGGGCUGCUUCUAAGUGAUCGCCGGAGACUAAGGACAGAAAGCAUCGAAGAACAUGCAACACCAAACUCAUCUCCUGCUCAGUGGCCCGGUGUGAGCUCGCUCAUCAACUUGCUGAGUUCAGCCCAGGAUGAAGACCAGCCGAGGCUGAACGUGCUGCUGUGCGAAGCUGUGGUUGCUGUUUACUUGAGCUUGCUGAUCCACGCUCUUGCCACGAACUCUUCCAACGAGCUCUUCCGGCUCGCAGCCCACCCAUUAAACAGCCGGAUGUGGGCUGCCGUCUUUGGUGGGGGUGCGAAACUUGUUGUGAAGCCUCGAAGACAGUCAGAAAAUAUCUCAGCACCUCCUCUGCCCUCUGAAGACGUGGACAAGCACCGCAGGAGGUUCAACAUGCGGAUGCUGGUCCCCGGGCGUCCGGUGAAGGACGCCACCCCACCGCCGGUGCCUGCAGAGAGGCCAUCCUACAGGGAGAAGUUCAUCCCUCCCGAGCUCAGCAUGUGGGAUUACUUUGUUGCCAAGCCAUUCCUUCCUUUGUCUGAUAGUGGUGUCAUCUACGACUCCGAUGAAAGCGUUCACAGUGACGACGAAGAUGACGAUGCCUUUUUCUCAGACACACAGAUACAGGAGCACCAAGACCCAAAUUCCUAUAGCUGGGCUCUUCUGCAUCUGACAAUGGUGAAACUAGUGCUUCAUAAUGUCAAGAAUUUCUUUCCCAUUGCUGGACUGGAAUUCUCUGAACUGCCUGUAACGUCACCAUUGGGUAUUGCUGUGAUUAAAAACUUGGAGAACUGGGAGCAGAUUCUGCAAGAGAAAAUGGAUCAGUUUGAAGGCCCACCCCCCAACUACAUCAACACAUACCCAACUGACCUUUCAGUAGGAGCUGGACCUGCUAUUCUUCGAAAUAAAGCAAUGCUGGAACCCGAGAACACGCCAUUCAAGUCCCGGGAUUCUUCUGCGCUCCCAGUCAAACGGCUGUGGCAUUUCCUUGUUAAACAGGAAGUCCUCCAAGAGACAUUCAUCAGAUACAUCUUCACUAAGAAGAGGAAACAGAGUGAGUCUGUAGAAGAACGUGUGGAGCAGGGCAGACCUCACUGCAUGGCAGAGGAUGGCCACGCCAAGGUCGAAGCUGAUCUGGGCUACCCAGGAGGCAAGGCCAAGGUCAUUCACAAGGAGUCCGACAUGAUCAUGGCAUUUUCCGUUAACAAGGCAAAUUGUAAUGAAAUUGUUCUGGCUUCAACACAUGAUGUUCAAGAACUGGAUGUGACUUCUCUGCUGGCCUGUCAGCCUUACAUAUGGAUUGGAGAGGAAUAUGACAGAGAAUCCAAAAGCUCCGACGACGUUGACUACCGAGGUUCCACCACCACCCUGUACCAGCCGAGCGCGGCAACCCACCCAGUGAGCCAGGUGCACCCACCUUCGUCCAUGCCCUGGCUGGGCAGCGGGCAGACCAGCACUGGUGCCAGCGUGCUUAUGAAGAGGAAUCUACACAACGUGAAGAGAAUGACCUCACACCCUGUCCAUCAGUACUACCUGACAGGUGCCCAGGACGGCAGCGUCCGCAUGUUUGAGUGGACACGCCCGCAGCAGCUCGUCUGCUUCCGUCAAGCUGGCAACGCAAGAGUCACUAGGCUGUAUUUCAACUCACAAGGCAACAAGUGUGGUGUUGCGGAUGGAGAGGGUUUCCUGAGUAUCUGGCAAGUGAACCAAACAGCGUCCAGCCCUAAACCUUACAUGAGCUGGCAGUGCCACAGUAAAGCCACAAGUGACUUUGCGUUUAUUACCUCUUCAAGUCUGGUUGCCACAUCUGGACAGUCCAAUGACAACAGAAAUGUAUGCCUGUGGGACACGCUAAUACCGCCUGGGAACAGCCUCAUUCAUGGUUUCACAUGCCACGAGCACGGGGCCACUGUGCUGCAGUACGCGCCCCGCCAGCAGCUCCUCAUCUCGGGGGGCAGGAAAGGCUGCAUCUGCAUCUUCGACAUCAGGCAGCGGCAGCUGCUGCACACGUUCCAGGCCCACGACUCGGCCAUCAAGGCGCUGGCUCUGGACCCCUGCGAGGAGUACUUCACCACGGGCUCUGCGGAGGGGAACAUCAAGGUCUGGAGGUUGACUGGCCACGGCCUCAUCCACUCCUUUAAGCACGAGCACGCGAAGCAGUCCAUAUUCCGGAACCUUGGGGCUGGUGUCAUGCAGAUUGAGCUAGUCCCAGGCAGCCGGCUCUUCUCCUGUGGCGCUGACGGCACCCUGAAAACCAGGGUCUUGCCCAGUGCUUUUAACGUCCCCAGUCAGAUUCUUGACAUUCUGUAGACUUCAAGAGUGGGGCUUCGUUUUUAUGUACACUUCAAUUAAAAUGUAGUCCAGCAAUUAUCAGGCAGUUAGUACCUUGAAAACCAUACAGAGAAUCUCUGUAGCUCUCAGUCGCAGGCGUGCUCUGCCAGGUGUUGCCUGUCCACACUGGUAGGAUGAAUGUGCAUGUACUGUGCUGCUGACAUCCUUAAGAAUCCCACCUUGUAUUGUGUGAAGGGUAGCUAUUCUUUCAGCAAACCUGAUUCGGAAAACACCGGGGGCUCAGUGAGUGAGUAAAAAUAGCAGGAAGGGUGUGUAGACCACACUGCGGAAGCUCUGUUGCUGACUCAGGUUUUCCUCCUGUCUUACUCCGGUCGACGCAUGCCUGCAGGGUCCUCCUCUGAGCGAGGGCGCCCGCGGUGCUGGACGCACCACACCAGCCACGGCCCGUGCGCAGGGACCAGGUCUGUGCUGGAGAGGUCAUUUCAUUCUUUCCUGCUGAGUAUCUUUCCUGUUAGUGUUUAUACUGAGCUAGUACUGUAAUUUGCAAAUGAGUGCAAAUUUAAAUGCAACGUUUUCCUCAUGAUUUGCACAUUCACAUUUUUUGGACUGCUAGUUUUUCUAUUUAAAUAUUUGCCUUCAUGUUAGGAAUGUAAUGUGAACAAGACAUAUUUGUAGUUAACCAACACACACCUUCUUAGUCCAGUUUAUUACUUCUUCUUUUUAUUGUGUUCAAGAUUAAAACAUUUAAGGCCAUGUUGAAACUGCACCAAUAGAGCAUUUCAUAUCAACUCAAAUGAAUGUUAGGCUUUUUGUGGCCAGUUAAGUCGAUGAGAUUGGUGGUAUUAUUUAUUGCCACAGCCUAUUGUAUAAACUAUGCAGAGUUAAAUACCAUUUGCUUAUAAAAUCUUAGCCAGUGUUGUCAUAUUUUGAUGUAUUUCCUAGGUUAUGACCAAAAAUAUGUUCUUGAGAUAUUGAAACCAUUGUCUGCGUGUGUCUACAUGUUUACCAGCAAAUUGUCUCAUCAUGUUCGAGAGAACGUUUAAUGCCUGUGGUGAAUAGUAAAACAUAAUGGUGUAAAGCACCUUUCGCUGAAGGCGACGUGAUGUUCAUGCUGUGAAAUACCUAUGUAACAGAAGAAUAAAUGUUAUUUGUUAGAGUUUUA